AAGAAAUACAGAGCAAAAAAUAAAAAUGAAUAAAAAUUGAAGAAAUCUCAUUUCAUCCGCCAUUAACGACCUCUCAAGGUAUCUCAGAUGGAAACAUUCCUAUAUGUUCUUGGAUUUUGAUUUCCACCGUCGAUUAAUCGAACCUGCUUCCGUGAGCAUGAGAAGAGCGAUUGGAGGUGUUGCUGCAACAGAUAUGUUUGCCUUGCAUAGUAUGUGUCAACCAAUGCGGUCUAGGAGAAAAUUGGCGAUGUUGUUUGAAGGAUGUAGACGGUUUGUGAGGACAACAUGUCGAGUUUCGAUCCCUGGUGUUUCUUCGGGAAAUGAAUCAAAAGCACCUCCAAGAUUCCUGAGGGAUAAAAAAAUAGUUCCAGAUGCGGAUCCUCCCCAUUUGGAAGAUAUCCAUAAGUUGUAUCGACUUUUCGAGCAAAGUUCUAGACUCACCAUCUUGACCGGAGCUGGGAUUAGCACAGAAUGUGGAAUUCCUGAUUAUAGAAGUCCCAAUGGAGCAUACAGUUCUGGUUUCAAACCAAUUACCCAUCAGGAAUUCACUCGAUCAAGUCGAGCUCGUAGGCGGUAUUGGGCUAGGAGUUAUGCUGGAUGGAGACGGUUUACUGCAGCACAACCAGGCCCAGCUCAUACUGCUUUAUCAUCACUAGAGAGAGCUGGACGUAUAGAUUUUAUGAUAACACAAAACGUUGACAGGUUGCAUCAUCGUGCUGGGAGUGAUCCGCUUGAAUUACAUGGCACGGUAUAUACUGUCAUGUGCUUAGAUUGCGGCUUCUCUUUUCCCCGAGACUCGUUUCAGGAUCAGCUAAAAGCUCUCAAUCCUAAGUGGGCAGAAGCAAUAGAAAGUAUUGAUCAUGGAGAUCCAGGAUCAGAGAAGAGCUUUGGCAUGAAACAAAGGCCUGAUGGUGAUAUUGAGAUAGACGAAAAGUUUUGGGAAGAAGGUUUUCAUAUACCAGUAUGCGAGAAGUGCGAAGGAGUACUAAAACCUGAUGUUAUAUUCUUCGGAGACAAUAUCCCGAAGGAAAGAGCUACUCAAGCAAUGGAAGCAGCGAAACAGAGCGAUGCAUUUCUAGUGUUGGGUUCAUCUUUGAUGACAAUGUCCGCUUUUCGUCUUGUCAGAGCGGCUCAUGAGGCUGGUGCGAUGACUGCAAUUGUAAAUAUAGGCGAAACCAGAGCUGAUGACAUUGUUCCUUUGAAAAUCAAUGCUAGGGUUGGUGAGAUAUUACCCAGAGUUCUUGACGUGGGAUCGCUCGGUGUCCCAGCUAUAUAGACACAAUGUCCAGAUAAGAGAUCAAUCAAUCGAGUGAAUAUGUAACAUUUGAGUUCACCCAUCUUGAUUCAAAUCAUCAAUGAAUACUUCUCUCUUAUUGCUAUGUAUCUCAAGUUGUAUUUUUAACUAUAAAUAAAGGAUAAUCAUUCUUAAUGCAUAUACUUGACUUCCAACCGAAGCUUGUCUGAACCAAAAGAGAGAGAAAGAUUCGAUAAUACAACAUCUAAAGUUGAGGCAGCUUACAGUUGCAGAACAUGGUGUUCUGUCAAAAGGCUUUAAGCAGAUCCACAAAAAAAAAAAACAGUUAAGUAGUCAUCUUCUACUAGACUUUACUAC